CCAGGAAACCGCGCGCUCGCCGCUCAGCGCUCCCGCGACCCGACGCGCCCCGGACAACCCGCCGACUUAGCCGGACCACCCGGCGGGCCCCAGCGGCCGCCCCGGGGAGAUCGGCCCCGGGUCCGAGCCUCGAACAUCUCCGACGGACGGGGCGGGCGGCUCGGAUAGCAGCCCGGGAGGCCAUGGGGACCCAGGGCCGGCCAGCGGUCGCGGGCCAGCGGGAGGCCCGCGUCUGAGGAUCCGGCGGCGGGGGCGGCAGGGGCCAUGACCUCGGUGUGGAAGCGCCUGCAGCGCGUGGGCAAGCGGGCCGCCAAGUUCCAGUUUGUGGCCUGUUACCACGAGCUGGUGGUGGAGUGCACCAAGAAAUGGCAACCGGAUAAGCUGGUGGUGGUAUGGACCCGGCGGAACAGACGCAUCUGCUCCAAGGCCCACAGCUGGCAGCCAGGCAUCCAGAACCCAUACCGGGGCACCGUGGUGUGGAUGGUGCCGGAGAACGUGGACAUCUCUGUGACCCUAUACAGGGACCCUCAUGUGGACCAGUAUGAAGCCAAAGAGUGGACGUUUAUUAUUGAGAAUGAGUCCAAGGGGCAGCGGAAGGUGCUGGCCACCGUGGACGUGGACCUGGCCCACCAUGCGGGGCCCGUGCCUGUCCCGGUCCCCCUGCGGCUGCGGCUGAAGCCUAAGUCGGUGAAGGUGGUGCACGCGGAGCUGAGCCUCACUCUGUCGGGGGUACUGCUUCGCGAGGGCCGUGCCACGGACGAUGACAUGCAGAGUCUUGCGAGCCUCAUGAGCGUGAAGCCUAGUGAUGUGGGCAACCUGGACGACUUUGCUGAGAGUGACGAGGAGGAGGCUAAUGGUCCAGGCGCCCCCGAGGCACGGGCCCGUGUCCCCCAGCCAGAUCCCUCUCGGGAGCUGAAGACACUUUGUGAGGAGGAGGAGGAGGGCCGGGCACAGCCCAAGCAGGCAGCUGCCAACCCUUCUAGUGCGGAGGAUCCUGGCCUGGCCCCUGUGAGUGCCCCUGCGCCCCCAGCCAGGGCCUCCCGGACCCAGGGGUCAGAAGCAGCUACUGUGGCAGGGGGCCAGGUGGGCCUCAAGGCCCCAAGGCCCCCGGGAACCCCACCAGAGCAGAGGUCUUCAAGACAGCCAGGCCAGGAGGUGGCCCCCACCCCAGCCCCUCGGCUCCGGAAAGGCUCUGAUGCCCCCUGGCCCCCAGUCCCCCAAGGGGAAGAUGAGGUUCCCAAAGGCUCAGGGGAUCCCCCAGCAGGAGUGGGUUCUUCUGGGCAGACCCAGGCCCAGGAAGGCCUGCAGGAAGGGACAGAGGCUCAGGGAGCCAGGCUGGGCCCAGGCAUUGAGGAUGGGGGCUCCAGAGACUCUGGGGGAGGGCCGAAACCUAAGGUUGAGGGGAGGAGCACCGGGAUUGGGGGGGUGGACCCUGAGCAAGAGUCAGGAGGCAGAGAGGUGAACGCUAAGAGGUCAGACGUCAGAGCUGGGGAGGCCGAAGGGAGUUUAGAAGGGAGUCAAGUGGCUGCUGAGGAGAUGUCAAAGCUGAGACUUGUGGACACUAAGGGACCAGAAGCUACAGGGGUGAUGUCCGAGGCAAGAUUCAAGGGGACUCCCGAGGCUCCUCCAAGGGGCUCUCAGGGGAGGACAGGGGCCAGGAUCAGGGAUGAGGCUCCCCCCAUCCUGAGCCGACCCCCAGCAGAACCUGCAGGGCACGCUGGGCAUCUCGGUGACGUCAGUGGGGCCAGGGGUGCUGCAGGCCAGGAGAGAGAGAGUGCAGAGGUGAGAGGCAGAGCCCCUGGUGUUGGGGGGACAGGCCUGGAGCGGGGUCCCUCUGUUGGAGCGGCAAGCGCCGGGCCCCAGGUGAGCGGGUAUCAGGGAGCCCCACCAGCAGCUGGCCAGGGGGUGAUGUCUAGGGAUCUGGGGGUCUCGGAGGCAGAGACUCGGGAUUCGAGGGUCCUGGGAACAGAGACCGCGGUGGCUGAGUCAGAGGUACUGGGGACCUGGGAGACCGAAGUGGGUGGAUCAGGGUUCCCGGAGAUAGAGACAGGGACAGCAGAAGCUGAGGCGCUGGGGGCCCAGGAGACAGAGAUUGUGAGAUCGGGGGUCCUGGAGUCAGAGGCAGCUGGCACGGCAGAGUCGGAGGACCUGGGAGCCCAGAAAACAGAGGCUGAGGGUUCAGGGUUUCUGGGGACAAACACUAGGACGGCAGAGGCUGAGAUAUUGGGGACCCAGGAGGUAGCUGCUGGUUCAGGCGUACUGAGGCCAGAAGCUGCGAUAGCAGAAUGUGAAAUACUGGGGGCCCAGGAGCCAGAGGCGGGGGGGCCCAGGAUGCUGGAGAUAGAGGCUAGAACAGCAGAGGCUGAGAUACUGGGAACCCAAGAGGCCAAGGUGGGGGGUUCAGGGUUAGAAUCCGAGACAGCAGGGACCCAGGAAACAGAGGUAGGGGGCUCAGGGGUCCCAGGGUUCGAGACUGAGACCGCAGCAGCUGAGAUACUGGGGACUCAGCAGAUAGUAGCUGGGGGUUCAGGGGUUCCUAGGAUAGAAAAUGAGAUACGAGCUCAGGAGACAGAGGUGGGGGAUUCAAGGGUUUUAGGGCCAGGAGCUGGAAUGGCAGAGGCUGAGGGACUGGGGAUUCAACAGACAGAAACGAUAGUUUUAGAGGCUGAGAAGGAAAAGGCUAAGACUUUGGGGGUCCGAGAGGCAGAGACUGGGCUCUGGGAGACUCUCCAAUAUGAAGCUUUACAGGAAUCCGUCACUAAGUGUGGAGUUUUAGGGCCCCAGGGAGCAGAGGCAGAGACCAUGGUUUUGAGGGCCCAGGAGGUAGAAGCUGAGGUUUUGGGAGUUUCAGAGGCCAAGUCUGCGGCUUGGGGGCCCCAGGAAGCAGAGGUGGAGAUUUUAGGGCCUCUAGAAAACAAAUCUGGUAUUUUUGAGGCCCAGGAAGCACAGGCUGGGGUCUCAGGGGCUGAGAAGGGACAAGAAGCUGAGGGAAACCUCCCAGAGGCCAGCCUGAUUGAGGUGCAGGUGGCCAGUGGGGCAGGGGCUGGGGUGCCCAAGCGCUCGGGGGCCUCUUCCCCAGAGGAGCCUGAAGAGAACGGGAGGCUGCCGGGCAGCCAGGCACCACGUGCUCUGGUCAGCUCCAGUCAAUCCCUGCUGGAGUGGUGCCAGGAAGUGACCGCUGGCUACCGUGGUGUCCGAGUCACCAACUUCACUACAUCCUGGCGCAACGGCUUGGCCUUCUGUGCCAUCCUGCACCGAUUCUACCCAGACAAGAUCGACUAUGCCUCCCUGGACCCACUCAACAUCAAACAGAACAACAAGCAGGCCUUCGAUGGCUUCGCGGCUCUGGGCGUGUCGCGGCUGCUGGAGCCGGCGGACAUGGUGCUGCUGUCGGUGCCCGACAAGCUCAUCGUCAUGACGUACCUGUGCCAGAUCCGCGCCUUCUGCACCGGCCAGGAGCUGCAGCUGGUGCAGCUGGAGGGCGGCGGCGGCGCUGGCACGUAUCGCGUGGCCAGCGCCCAGCCGAGCCCGCCCGACGGCCUGGACGCGGGGGGCCUGGCGCAGCGGCUGCGCGAGCACCGGGCCGAGGCGCCGGAGGAGCCCAAGGGGCCCAAGGGGCUCAAGGAGCCCGAGAACCGCGCGGACGGGGCGGCGCGCGAGGCGGCCUCCAAGGACCGCGGAGCGGAGGCCGUCCAGGAGGCGCGCUCCGCGGAAGCCCCUGCAGACGGGGCCGGAGCCCGGGCGUCCGCGCCCCCGGCCGAAGGGCUGGUGAACGGGGCGGGGGCGCCGGGCGCUGGGGGCGGCGUGAGGCUGCGGCGGCCGUCGGUCAACGGGGAGGCGGGGCCGGUGCCCCCGCCCCGCGCGCACGGCUCCUUCUCCCACGUGCGCGACGCCGACCUGCUGAAGAAGAGGCGCUCGCGGCUGCGCAGCAGCAACUCCUUCUCGGUGGACGAGCCGGACGCGGGAGCCGCCGGAGCCGCGGCCGCGGAAGGCCUGGGCCCUGACCCCAGCCCUGCCCCUGGCCCACCUACAGCCACAACCCCGCAGCAGCCCCCUGGUGGGAGUCCCCCACCGGAGGAGCCACCCCCAAGUCCAGGGGAAGAGGCUGGGCUGCAACGGUUCCAGGACACAAGUCAGUACGUGUGCGCAGAGCUGCAGGCCCUGGAACAGGAGCAGAGACAGAUAGACGGGCGGGCAGCUGAGGUGGAGACACAGCUGAGGAGCCUCAUGGAGUCAGGUGCCAACAGGUUGCAGGAGGAGGUGCUGAUCCAGGAGUGGUUCACGUUGGUCAACAAGAAGAACGCGCUCAUCCGUAGGCAGGACCAGCUGCAGCUGCUCAUCGAGGAGCAGGACCUGGAGCGGAGGUUCGAGCUGCUGAGCCGGGAGCUGCGGGCCAUGCUAGCCAUCGAAGACUGGCUGAAAACGGCCGCGCAGCAGCACCGAGAGCAGCUUCUGCUGGAGGAGCUGGUGUCGCUUGUGAACCAGCGGGAUGAGCUGGUCCGGGACCUGGACCACAAGGAGCGGAUCGCCCUGGAGGAGGACGAGCGGCUGGAGCGGGGCCUGGAGCAGCGGCGCCGCAAGCUGAGCCGCCAGCUGAGCCGGCGCGAGCGCUGUUCGCUGAGCUGAGGCCUGGCCCACUCGGACCGCAGGCUUUCUCGCCACUGCGCCCGGGUCGCCGCCCCAGACUGGCGCUCUGAAGGACCGGGCCACACCGACGCGAUGCAACGCAAUGCAACGUGCCAGCCGCAGGGGCUGCAGUUGCCCCCGUGUGUUUGGGGGAAGCGGGGCGGCCCCUGGGGGCCAGACAGGAGCGGCUGGACGGCCGUGCCGUCAAGGCCGUAUUUAUUUGUCUGUGUGAGUGUGUGUGUGUGUGUUCGCGGGGCCUGGGGGUCCCAGGAGCGCCCCGCAGAGCCCUCCCGGAUGGCAGGGCCCCAGCCGGCCAGCGGCGGGGGGGGGGGGGGGGGGGCACAGAGAUGGCGGGUGAACCGCUGUGCCCCGCCCCACCCUCCCUUUCCUGAUCUUCAUGAGCAAUAAAGUUGGA